AUGUCAAGUGAGGAAGAGUGUGUUCUUGUCUUAGUGCAUUGCUCUGGAAAAAUAAAAAAAAAAAGCAAAAAAUAUGGUGUGAAGUUCACCGAUAGAGAACCGUUGAGUGUAUUUAUUACUUCGUCAAACAGUUUGUCAGAUUUGAAGAGUAGCAUCUUGCAGAAGCUUGGGGUUUUUGGGAGCAAGUUUGUGAAGAAGAUCUUCUACAAGAUUCCCAUCGCUGUAGUUUCCAGCGGUGUGAUGUAUGAUACAUUCGUGUUAGCAGCUGACGAAGAUAUUAGGGUUCUGUUUCAUUGCGUAAGGAGUUUUCCUGAGGUCAGAAUACACGAGUUGUAUGCGAAGUUGGAGGUAACUCUGGAUAGUUCUGGGGCAUCGGCUCCUGUUCAUAGCUCGACUGCCGCAGGCGGUGCGUCUUGCUCGGCGCCAGCGAACCAGUCUUCUGUUCUGCAGGUUGCCUCACCUUCCUUUGCAGCUGAUCUGGUACCAACGGUGGCAGUUCGUACUGUACGUUCCCCUAAUGAAGGGGUCCUGCAGCAGACAUUUCUGGGGGAAUCAAGUCGUGCCACAGAUGAUGAACUUCAAGAAUUCGGGGAACCUGAUCAAGUAGAGAAUGCAAUGCGGGACGAUGACUCUGACCAGGAGCCUCAUUACCCUCCACACUUCUCGACGCUAAACUUGGAGGCUCUGGGUGAACAUCCGGCGGGAAUUGCUACAGUUGGUGGUUCGUCAACCGAAUUUCAGAUUGGGCAAUCCUUCCAGAGUAAAGAUAAAGCUGUUCUUAGUGUGAAGGACUAUAGCAUCCGUCGAGGUGUUGAGUACCGAGUGUUGGAAUCGGACCAUUUGAAGUAUCAUGGAAAGUGCAAGGAUUUCGGCAAAAGUUGUAGUUGGCUGAUUCGGAUUUCGCUCCGUGCACGGAAGGGCACUUGGGAGGUUAGGAGGUACAACGGUCCCCACACUUGCUUAGCUACAUCUAUUUUCAGUGAUCACCGUCAGCUUGAUUACCACGUUAUCUGUGCGAGGAUUUUUCCGUUGGUUAGUGCGGAUGCUGCAGUACCGAUCAAGGUGUUGCAACAAGCAACUGAAGCUGAUUACGGCUUCAAGCCCAGUUACCGAAAGGUUUGGAAAGCAAAACAGAAGGCAGUUGCACAAAUAUAUGGAGAAUGGGAAGAGUCUUAUGCCGAGUUGCCACGUUGGAUGCUAGGAGUGGAGUUGACGAUGCCCGGGACAGUUACUGUGUUGCAGACGUCUCCUGUUAGAGUUGUGGACCAGAUUGAUGAGUCAACAGUGUACUUUCAUCGUCUGUUCUGGACAUUUCCACUUUGCGUUGAGGCCUUCCAACAUUGCAAGCCGCUUGUGAGUAUUGAUGGUACCCACUUGUACGGCAAAUAUGGAGGCACCUUACUGUUGGCAAUUGCACAGGAUGGGAACUCAAACAUCCUCCCGAUAGCAUUCGCCCUUGUGGAGGGGGAAAAUGCCGAGUCAUGGGCUUUUUUCUUGUCCAACUUAAGAAGGCAUGUGACUCCACAGGAGGGUAUCCUUGUUAUCUCAGAUAGGCAUAACGGUAUCAAGUCUGCACUUGAGGAUCCCGUGAAUGGUUGGCUGCCCCCACGUGCUUAUCGGGCGUACUGUAUCCUCAGUCAACACAAUAGGCCUGGGAUCCUGAAAUGCAACCUCCGGGGAUAA